AUGGUUUCCGGCCCGCUGCGUCCGCUGCCGCGGCUCCUCGCGCUGGGGCUCGGGCUGGCCCUGCUGGGCGCCGUGGCCGGGGAGCGAGUGCCAGGCACCACCCCCUGCUCUCGCGGCAGCUCCUGGAGCGCGGACCUCGACAAGUGCAUGGACUGCGCGUCGUGCCCGGCGCGACCGCACAGCGACUUCUGCCUGGGCUGCGCUGCUUCCCCUCCAGCCUCCUUCCCACUACUGUGGCCCAUCUUGGGGGGCGCUCUGAGCCUAGCCCUCGUGCUGGGACUGCUUUCUGGCUUCUUGGUCUGGAGACGGUGCCGCAGGAGAGAGAAGUUUACUACCCCCAUUGAGGAGACCGGCGGGGAGGGCUGUCCUGGCGUGGCACUGAUCCAGUGACAGUGAGAGCCCCUGCCAAGCAGGAGGCCCCACCCACUCAUCAUUCAUCCAUCCAUCCAUCCAUUCAUUCAU